UGAGUGUGUAUGCGUGUGAGACAGCAGCAGUGGUUGUGUAUUGCUGCUGAUGAGAGAAGAGAGAGAUAAAUAUAACCGUAACAUCAUCCGUCGACUAAAAACAUCACCGCACGAGCGAUUCUCGAGAUUGAGAUUAACGGAUAAAAUUGUCUACGAGGGAUUAUAAUAAAAGGACACGCGCUUUUUCUUGUGGGAAAUCGGUGGUCUCGAGGUGAUUUCAUCCCGCUAACAGGCUAAUAACAAGCGCAGGUGGAUGACUCGCGCGACUCGACCUGGAUGUUGGCCUCCUUUUGAUAAAGAUUGAGGAAUAACCGCAAAUAAUUAAGUCAGAUGAAGGGAUUCAAAUCAAUUCUGACUAGCAGCCGGAGACAUAUCGAGGAUCGUAUUUUAUUGUAAACAGGAAAAUCAAAUCAAAAAGAAGGGUCGGAUGGGCCAGCUAACCGGCUAGUGGGUUUCCCUCAGAUGGGCAGGAUGCUGAUGCUAGUACAAUCUGUGAUUUAAGGGUUUAUUUUAAUUCCCCUUUGCUUGGUAACACAUUGUAAGACAGCUGGUUAAAACAUAGUAUGCUGUGGUUAACAUGAAACGUUGUUUUGUGUUAUUUUCGUUACGUUAAGCUUUAUUUGAGACCGAGACAAUCGAGGUAAAUGAUUAAAAACACUGCCAUGAAACUAGUUUAUGUGUAUCUAAAAUAGUUUUGUACAACGAAUCUAAUAACUAGGCGUUAAUACUUAAAUAGUCAUUGUUAUAUAAGCCCGUUAUAAGUAUGUAAUGUAACGGUCCACGGUAUUUGCCUAUGAGACUGGUAGUUUUGCUUAACUAACACUGUUAAUAUCACUGCUAAAUGAGUUUACAAAAUCUCUAGGCCUGCUUUUACAGUAAACAACAACAAUGGAUUUUUGAUAUGCAAUGUUAUAUUUGUAUUACUAAUGCUUAUCUCUAUUUUAUGUAUUCUGUAAUAUCUUUACAGAUUAUAACAUUUUUAGGAAUUUUUUAAUUUGUCAAGUGUGUUUUUGGACUGUACUCCUAAACAAUGCUGUUAUGAUGUAUUGAGUGCUAUGUGGAUCAGGAUACUCAGUGAAGUAUAAAAUGAAUGACAAGAUGUGACACAUGUUUAAAUGUAAAACAGGCAAAUAAGGCCAAUAUUUUGCAUAUUGGAUAAAAAUAUCUCAUCCAAACAAAAAGGAGUCGUGUUAUGGCAGUGAAUCAUUAUCUCUAUGUUUGCAAAAGUAAACGGGACCAUUUGAUUAUUUACAGACUGGUGGACAUUUAUGGGUUUAAUCAAGAAUUACUUUCUGUGCGUGCGCUGGAAAAGGUCACAAAUUGCGGCUGAAUUCCGAACAUUAUUACCUUGUGGGAUCAUAACGAAAAGUAUUGGAAUCUCCGGAAUAUUUAAAGGGGACACAACUUUUUUUCAAUGGAGCAAGUUCUCUCCAGCCCUCAGGGUUGCUCUGAAUGGGAGGUGAGUGGGAAGGGGGAAUGGGAAUCUGACCCGAAUCCUCUUGGAUUUCUCAUCAUGGAUAAAGAUAACAGUACUGUUAAAGAUUCUACUGAUGAGAUUUUUCAAGAUAAUGCUUUAAGCAUAGAUGACUUAUUUUGGGCUUCUCAGUAUUCAGGACAGUCAUAUCCAUGGGAAAAUGAUCUGGAGUGUGUCUGUCCUGAAUGGGAGACUCCGACAACUCAUCCUCAAGACCUUAUAGGCGAGGAUUAUCUUGGGAUUUCUGAUGAUGUUGUUGGAGAUCUCAUCAGUUUUAAUUCUAUGUCAACAUCACCCGCUUCCUCAGACAUACCUGUGCAGAGUCAAAACAGCUUUUACGACUUUUUAGGAGAACAGACACCGAAUAUCAUGGAACCCACAAAGAAUGCUGCCGUAAAUCCUUUAGAUGAAAUAUGCAUAGAUGACACAGGCAAUGACUUUGGGUUUCAGACUGAGGAAAAAUUAUUAGAAGAAACACAUUUAACAAACUGUGACUUCAGCCAUGAUUCCCUAAUGGAAAUGUUAUUUGUUAACGAGGAGAGUCGGAGUUCAUCGUCACAUGAGACUGUGACAUCUUCAGGUUUGUUGUCAGUUUCUCUGGUGGAGGUGUCAUGUACAAACACACAUUCAAAUCCCAAGCCUUCAAUUAUUUGUCAGACACCUCCAACUACUUGUAAACACGACAACCUUUCAUCCUCUGACUUUCCUCAUGGGCCCAUCACAUCGGUGACAUUUACGGAGUCAUCUCUACUGCCAUCUUAUGAGGCUAGUGCUUUUCUUCCAGAGGAUAAGAUGCAGAUUUUGUCACCGGAGCUUUUGGCUGGAGGUCUGUACUCUGAACAGGAGAGUUGUAAGCCCUCAGCUAGUAACAAUGAGCCUCAGAGCCUGGAGACAACAGACACAAACACUAAAACUACUGAAGAACCAACACUGCUGACAUUUGAAGAAAAGACAGUCUGUACGAGACCAGAGUCAUGCAUAUCACCUGAACCUUGUGAGGAAAUAUGUGACACAUCCCCGGGGUGUAAGGAGGUAAGAGCCAACGGUCUUUCUGACAACCCUCUUGCAGAUCUCACCUCAAUAAAUCCUUUAAAUGAACUUGAGACAGAGGCACCAGUGGAGUCCACAUCAGCCUUAAGUAUCAGCACUCCUGAACAUUAUGCCUUACAUGAGCUCCCACCCGAGUCUGACACCUGUCAUGAGGACCACAGCCCUCCCACAUCAUCACCAACUGAUGCUGAUGCCUUAUUUGCGUUGCCUAACAACAAUGAUGGAGACUUUAAUCCUGACAUCACGUUUGACAAUGUGAUAACAGCUUCCUGUGAAGCCAUACAGUCAUCAGAUUCUUGUAAAUCUCUUACGUCAUCAGAGAUUGACGACUUGCAGACAACGCAAGAUUGUGAUGCAACCUCCCCUGAUUUCAAAUCUGACGUCAGAGAUGAAUUUCGGAGUAAUACAGGCAACUCUGAAAAUGUUGUGAAGGCUAUAGAGACACCGUGUGCAGACAUCCCAACCACAACAGAUAACAUAGAGGACCCUUACGCACCCAGAGUUACGGAUACAAAUAUUUUAUCUGAUUUCCAUUACGAUCAAGAGGAAACCACUCUUACAGGCAACUUAAACUGUUUGAAAGUAAAUGAUGAUCUAAGUAGGUGUAUACCUGAAAACCACCAAGAAUUAAAUAAAAUGGGUGAAGAAUGCCAGGAACAAAUCACCAUUCAUAGAAAUACAGACAACACAUUGGUGGAAAGUCUUAAAACUGUGGACCAAUUGAAUAACUGUUUGUCUGCAAAGGCAGGAACAAUUGUAAAAGACACAAUACCUCUCCGUGACAAUCACAAUACCCCAUCGAAAGUUGAGGAGAAACUUCACAGAUUGACUUCACACAAAGAAGAGAUAUCAGAUUACAUGACGUCCAUUCAGAAUCAAGUCAUUCUUCAACGUGCAAGUGAUCCUGAUUCUCCGGAGUCCACUCCCUUUACCUUUGCAGGUGAUCAGCUGACCAUGAUGGGUGGACUUGUGAGGCGGGAUCAAGAGACCACAGAAGUUCCCAACAAGUUAAGUGAGGCUACAGAAGAGAAAGAGGCGGAGCUUUCUGCCCAACCCGCUCAUCAUGAGGAUUUCAAUCAGGUGAUACUAUCACAGAUAGACCUGCCACAGGAGCAACAAGUGAGCUCUCCCCCCAGCUCUCCACCCUCGCCCAAAAAUGUCUUUCCCUGUGGAGUCGGUCUGGACGGGGAGGCUUACCUGACCUUAAUGGAAAAUAAUCCUGAUACUCCCAACAUUCCCAAACAUGCAGAAAUGACUCUGGAUCUUUGCAAGGCCUCAGAUGCUCAGCAGACCAAAUCGCUCCAUGACCAGAGGGUCCCUGCAGAUUUGAUAAAUGUGCCUGUAGUUUCGGUGACAACCAGAGGAAACGAGGAACAUUCGGCUCUUCGUGCAGUGUUCCAGGCUUUGGAUCAGGACGGAGAUGGAUUUGUCCAUAUUGAGGAGUUUAUGGAGUUUGCAAAAGCUUAUGGAGCUGAACAGGUGAAGGAUUUAACCAGGUUCUUGGAUCCAAGUGGUCUGGGUGUGAUCAGUUUUGAGGAUUUCCACCGAGGCAUCAGCGCGAUCAGUGGCGAAGGUUCUGAUCCAGAUCUUAUCAAGACUCAGCUCAGUUCAGUGGAAGCCAGUGGACCUCCUGAGGAAUAUGAUGAGCAGGCGGAGGUCUCUGACAGUGCCUAUCUCGGAUCAGAGAGCGCCUACAGUGAGUGUGAAACCUUCACGGAUGAAGAUACGACAGCUCUGGUUCAUCCAGAACUUCACGAGGACGUGGAGACGGACAGCGGCAUUGAAAACACACUCACGGAUGGAGAUGAACGCAACAGGUUCACACUGGGCUCUGAUUUAAAUGGCCACAGUAUGAUGGCUGUGAUUGGAGGCGAAGAGGAGCACUUUGAGGAUUUCGGUGAGAGUAACAACGCAUCAGACCUGCUGCUGGCCGAUCAGGAGGAAGGACGGGAGGCUCUGGAAGAGGAGGGAGAUGCAGAGUCACGCCCACACCCAGACAGUCCACUGCCCCGCCCACUGAUGCUGCUGACACCUAGCCCCAGGUCUUUUCCUGCUAGUUUUCAGAGCUUCCUUCAGUCUGAAGCACUGGAGUUUUUCUGCACUCACUGUCAUAAGCAGAUCAGCCGUCUGGAGGAUCUGUCCACACGUCUGCAGCUACUAGAGAUGAAUAGUUCCAGUAAGAGGCUGUCCAGUAAAAAAGCAGCGAGACACCUGCAGCAGUCCACCAAUCUGGAUGUUAUGGGCGAUCUGAAUCAAGAUAUUUUGGACCUCGCGGAUCGGGACAUCACGGACAAGGUGUUACUGCUGGAGAAGCGCGUGUGUGAACUCGAGACGGAUUCGUCGGAGAGCGAGGAGCAGAUCGCUCGUCUGCGGCAGGAGAAUCUGACUCUGGUUCACCGAGCGAACGCUUUGGAGGAGCAGUUGAAGGAACAGGAGCUCCGCUCGGAGGAGAACACGCUCGCGCUCACUCGCAAACACAGAGACGCUCUUACCAAACUACAGCGAGAGAGAGAUCUUGAGAUCGAGAACCUUCAGGCCAGACUGCAUCAGUUGGAUGAGGAGAACAGCGAGUUGAGGUCGUGCGUUCCCUGUCUGAGAGCCAACAUAGAGAGACUAGAGGAGGAGAAGAGGAAGCUCCAGGAUGAGUUGGACGACAUAAGUGAGCGACUAAACGAAGAAUCUGAAUCUCGACAAAAAAUGUCUGACAAAAUGAGUCACGAACGUCACACCAAUCACAAAGAGAAGGAGUGCACGCAGGGGUUGAUAGAGGACUUGAGAAAGCAGCUGGAACAUCUGCAGCUGUUUAAGUUGGAGACGGAGGCGAGAAGAGGCCGAUCGUCGAGCAACGGUCUGCAGGAGUACAACACACACAUGAGAGAAAAUGAGCUGGAGCAGGAGAUACGCAGACUCAAACAGGAUAAUCGUGGUCUGAAGGAACAGAACGACGAAUUGAACGGUCAGAUUAUUAAUCUGAGUAUCCAGGGUGCAAAGAGUCUGUUUACAGAGUCUCUCUCCGAGUCUCUCGCUGCCGAGAUCAACAACGUCUCUCGCGGAGAGUUGAUGGAGGCAAUUCACAAACAAGAGGAGAUUAACUUUCGUCUGCAGGAUUAUAUCGACCGCAUCAUCGUCGCCAUCAUGGAGUCCAACCCCUCCAUCCUGGAGGUCAAAUAUUAAAAAGAGCAAUGAUGUCUAAUGAUGAAGAGUGAUUUAUAAACUUAUAAAGACUGGAGAUAAAAUUGCACAGAUCUGGAAUGAAUGUAAAGAUUUCACUAUGUUGAUCAACACCGCUUUCAUACAUAACAAAAAUGAUUUUAUUUGUGUGUGCGUGCAUGUGUGUGUGUGAUUGGCCUUGAUGGUUCUUGUGACUUCCCAAUAUUUGGGUUUGAGGGACCAUAUCCCUCUCUUUGCAUUUCUGUGUGUUGUUAUAACAUGAGUGAUAUUCAUCGACUGAAUUUCAGUCUACACGCGUGCUUAUACACACGCAUUCAUGAAGUUUUGCAGUGUAAAUGUUUUUAAGUUAAAUAGCAGUGCAUAAUACAUAAACAAUCACACCAUCAGCCCAUGUGAGGGACAUUUGCUGACCCGAGGGUUUUAUGUGUGAAUAUUUGUUUGCGUUUUGUCAUUGCGAUUUAGCUCAGAUUUAUUUUGUUUAUAUAUUGGUUAUAUAAUGUACACUCGUGUGUCUUAUUUAUUACCAUGAUGCAGAAUGCAAAGGAUCACGAGUGAAUAACACCCACUGGAGGGAGUGUAUGGGUUCAUGAAUCUUUCAGUGUUGCAUUGUGGGUAAUGUUUUGGUCCUGUGCAAUUUUCUGCUGAGUUGCUGGAUAUCUCCGUCUGCCUCUUCUAUCCUGGAUUUAUUCAGAAAGACUUUGAUUUCUUGUACAGAAGACUCUCUUUAAAAUGAGAUUUCACUGGAGCAACCGUUUAUUUUAUUUACAGAAGAUAUUCUUUAUUAUUUAACUUGUUAAAAAGGUGAAACUUUUAAGGGAAGGUGAAGAAAAUGAAGACAAUUAUUGCUGCAGCGAACAGAAGAAACGGGAAAUGAAAUGAACUGUUCCUGUUUAUCUCGGCAUUAAGCACUGAAGGGAAUCUCACUGGAUAUGGACCUGUAAUUCCUUGUUUUCAAUUCUUUGCUCUUUCUGUUGAAUACGAAUGUGUUUUUUUGCUUCAUAUAUUUUUAUGGACAAAAGAAAGUGAGAUACUGUUUGAUUUUGUCUUCCACAAGAGCGAUGUCUUUCCCUGUAUUCCAGUGUUUUGUUAUGGAUGGACAUCUCUCUCAUUUGGCACAAGGAUAAUUAUCUCACUUUGGAAUUUUGAUACUGGUGAAGUGAAGAAAUGGCCAGUGAUACUUCCAGGAUCGAGAUUCAAGACUUUUAAAUGAAGAAUAACACAUUAUGUUGAUCUAAAUAUUUUGUUUCUUUAGUUUGGAUUGUGCAAACUCGGCACUUAACGUCCAGUUUUUCUCUCUGCUACAAAAGUUUAGUUUGGUUGAUCAGAUCUUUAUGAAGGAUGUUUUGUAAAGGACAAUGGUAGAAUAGGGUUUAGGUUGAGGAUAGGUCUGCUAUCUUCAGCUUUUAUUAUUGACCAAAGGAUCUGACCUUCUCAUCCGAAUGGUCUACUGCUGUUCUCGUCUGUAUGGCUGUUUAAGAGCUACUGUAAUUAUAUAUGAUGGACACUUUAACUUACAAGAAACACUUUUGCCUCUGAAUUUAGGUUGGCUGAUUUCCUUGGAAGAACUGAAUUUAUUGCUAUUGAUAUGUUUAAUGUUUAACAAAUCCUGUUUAAAAUGUGAACAUGAUUUAAGAAAAAACAACAACAACAAUUCUGCACACAUUUCCAGUGUCCAAAGAAAACAUUUCACAGCUUGGGAGGAGUUCUGCUUGCCACUUAGACUUUAAAAGCCUAUUAAUAGUUACACAUAAAUGUCAAUACAGAAUAAAACUGAAGAGGCAGUCCUUGUAACAAAGGAUACAAUUGUAAAAAUGUUUACUCUUAAUUGUUAAGGUAACUGUAUAAAGGAAAACUAUCAGUAUUGUCUUCUGUUGAAUGUUUUGCUUUCUUUUGAAGAUGACCCCCUAAGAUGUAUCUUUUACUGUUCGGGGGUCUUAUAGAUUUUCAAAUAAUUGUAUGAAGGUUAAAUGAAAACUGAAAAGAAAUUAGUCACCAAUAAAUUAAGUGAAA